AUGGAAGGUGCAGAGCGAACGACUCAAUCUGAGGGGAGCGAGGAACAUAAUACUUCACAAAAUUUCGAGGAUUUGGAUGAAAAGGACCAGGACAAAUCGCGGAGGUCUGCGUUGUCUGUUUGCGAUAACCACGGAUGGAAACGGGACGAGUCUGACCACAACCCAGACCAGAGAUCCAGUUCUGCCAGAGCCAGAGGCACUGUGACUCAUCCGGUCGUCGGUUCACCAAUUUUGAUCUGUGCUGCAUCAAUAUCAGUGCCGGAGACUGAUAUAAAAAUUUCCGCUGUCACGUCUGACCACGAUACGCAGCUGAUGAGCCAGACACAACAGGUCCAGCAGAUCGAUGGUUCUGACCCACAAUUGACGAAUGCGCCGGAACGAGAGGCACAAAGCCAAGAGCCGCAGACCUCGCAUACCGAACCUCCUGGUGUCGUAUCUGCAUCUUUAUCCCCCGCCCCCACCGAAAUUGCGGUCCAGGUAAUGCAGAAGAGAAGACGUGUAUUUAGCCGCAGAUCGAAGACUGGCUGCAUGACUUGUCGCCGCAGGAAAAUAAAAUGCGAUGAACAGCAUCCUGUAUGCAAGAAUUGUAUCCGUGGGUGCCUCUCUUGCGAGGGUUACAUGUCACAAAGUAUAUGCCAGAGACCUUCCGACCCAACAGCACCGGGAAAUUUGCAGUCGCCUGCGGUCAGACCAGACAGGAAUGACCAGCUUUUAUCAGAAACCCUCCAGCGCUGUGACCGACAGUCCGGCUUGGCUAUGGUCGUCAAAUCGGGCAACAUGGGACCGGAUGUAGUUGAAGGCAGUGAGCGGUCAGCCCAGCAAUACGGCACCAGUACUAUUAGCACAGGCCUCGGCAUUGGAUCCAGGUCAACCCAGGAUCGGCCUAGUGAUACCGCGUUUUUCCUUGAAUACAUGGCGGAUCCAGAUCAUUGGCAACCUCCACGCAUCCAUAAAGCCCUGCAUGCGGGAAAUCCUGGAUCAAAUCGCCAAGUACUUCCAUCAACUCGCCAACUGUUCCAUGAAACACAUUCGGAACUAAAUGUGCCUCCGUUUUGA